AUGGAUGCUGACCGAUUCUACAAGGCUAGCAACACGAGAGUCUGCAUCUUCGUCAUCGCCGAAGGCCAAGAACACACCGUCAGACUCGCCAAUACCCUUUCGGACAACGCUUUGAAGAAGAGCCUGAUAUCAAGAGCGAAAGCUCUCGCCACCCACGGACCGAUCCAAUCGAAAUCCCCCACCGUCCUGACUGACCAUAGCGGAACAACCUACACAUCGACCUCAACCAUUUCUCUUCGCUGGUACUACGACGAUGGGCUACAGACAUUUCAAGAAAGCUUCUACAUCGUCGACAGGUUGUCCCGAGCCACUGGUGAAGGAGGCGGAAGUGGAGGAGAUUGGGAUGCCAUUCUCCGCGCUGAUAUCGAGCCCGGCUCUGCUGUUGGUCAGGCCUAUCCCUACUGCACCAUCCCUGCAGGCCAGGAUCCCAGAAGAGAAGCCGAACGGAGGGAAAGGCAGGAACGAGGCCUGAAGCAGUUCCAAGCCCAGAAAGAAGACCAGCAGAAGAAGAUCCGCGAAGGUCUGACCAAAGGUAGCAAACAGAACACCAAGCGUUGA